UUUGCUUGGCUUUUACUUUUCGUGUCGCAGUAUUAUCAUAACUUCUCAAAAGACAAAUUUCUUGUAGACAAUCGCCUCUUCAUAAUUCUAUACAAGGAGCUGUACUACCGCCAAGUUUAUGCUCGCAAUCAACGUGGUCCAUCUCUUUCACAUCGAUUUGAGUCUUUUAUGAAUUAUCAGGACCUUUUCUCGGAGAUUCUUUCAAGUAAAGAGCCGGUCUCUUUGUCUCUUCCAAAUGUUUGGUUAUGGGAUAUCAUAGAUGAGUUUGUAUAUCAGUUCCAAGCAUUUUGCCUUUACAAGGCAAACCCAGGGAAAAGAAGUGUUGAUGAAGUUGAUGAGUUGAUAAGUAUUGAGGAGGCUCAAAACGCUUGGAACAUCUAUCCUGUCUUGAACAUUUUAUAUUCUUUGCUAUCGAAGUCGCAGAUAAAUGAGCAAUUAGCUGCUAUUAAAGCCCGAAAAAACCCUGAUAAUGUGGCGGAUGAGUUCGGCCAAUCUCCUCUUUACUUCAAGUUAGGCUACUUUUCCUUGAUUGGACUGUUGAGAACUCACGUCCUUCUCGGAGACUACCAUCAAGCUCUGAAGACUGUCGCUAAUGUAGAACUUGAUGCUAAGGGUCUCUACAACACUGUUCCGUCAUGCCUGGUCACUUUACACUACUUCGUUGGCUUCUCUCAUAUGAUGAUGAGGAAUUAUGGGGAAGCGACUAAGAUGUUUGACGAAAGCCAUUCAAGUCCAACAGCAGAAGCAGAAGAACUUCCAAUACGACGUGGUAGUUGCGCUAUGUAUUCUCUGUUAGCCAUGACAUACGUUUUGUUGAUUCUUGAUAUUGGUAAAACCUAUGAGCAGCUCUUCCACUUGUUGGCCAUCUGUCUGGCAAUUCAACCACAGCGAAUCGAUGAAGCGAUAGCAUCUCAGCUAGCUGAGCGUUGUGGGGAUCGCAUGUCGCGAAUGGCGAAUGGAGAUCUGGAUGAGUUUCGUCUUGCCUUCCAAACAGGGUAUAUUUUUUUGAUCGAACUGUUAACAUUAAAUAUGGUGGCUACGGAGUUUUCCAAAACGCGCCGCAACCUUAAGCGGCGUGCCCGACUACUCAUUUUUUUAUCGGCGCCUUAG